AUGGAAGAUGGAGAAUCAUGCAACACAGGACUUGGACUAGGAAUCGGGAUGGGUGAGUUCCGGCCUAAAAGGAAACAUGAGCAAAGAAAGCGUGUGGUUUGUUUUGAUCUCUCCUUUCCGCCGCUUAAUCCGAACGAGGAAGCCAUUGAUGCAGAGUGCGAGAUUGAGAGGUCGAGUUCAAGAAUAGUUGGUGGGGAUCAUUUACAAGGAGCUAAGGAAAGUAAUUUUAAUUUAAACGUCAACUACAACGAAAGCAACAAGAAUUGCACCAGAAAGAAACUAAGGCUCACCACAGAACAAUCCACUUUGCUUGAAGAGAGCUUCAAAUUGCACACAACGCUUGAUACGGCCCAGAAACAAGCGCUUGCCGAGAAGUUAAAUCUCCGACCAAGACAAGUAGAAGUAUGGUUUCAAAACAGAAGAGCAAGGACUAAGUUGAAGCAGAAAGAGGUAGACUGCGAGUUGUUGAAGAAAGGCUGUAAAAGUCUGAGCCUAGAAAACGUGAGGUUGAAGAAGGAAUUGCAAGAGCUACUACGUUCAUUGAAACUUCAACAACCACACCCAUUCUAUAUUCAACUUCCUAUGGCUACCACGCGUACGAUGUGCCCCUCGUGCGAGAAAUUAUAA